AGAAAUGAAUAGGCAUAUGGGGAUAAAUUAUUUAAUUUAUAGGCGAGAUGAUGAAUGAGUGAUCGGCAACACUAUGAAUGUCCCGCCUACUUCCUGGAUCGUGCCCACACUGGUUUUGAAUGGCAUUCAAAGUUAUAUAAUCAAAUUCAUGAAAACGCGGUCAUUGAAGAUAUGGGGUAUAUGCAGGUAGAGGAGUACACCACCAACAUGUUACACCUGAAGAGGUCGCCUGGGAUCCGCUCCUGGUCGCUGCUCAUAGGUAUUGCGUCCAUUGGCCUGGCUGCUGCAUACUACAGCUCAGACAGUAUCCUGUGGAAGCUUUUCUAUGUGACGGGCUGUCUGUUCGUGGCCAUGCAGAACAUGGAGGAGUGGGAGGAGGCAGUGUUUGAUAAAACCAAGAAAGUGAUAGAGCUGAAGACCUUCAGUCUGUAUGCUCUGAUUCUCACCAUGUGUAGCAGAGGCCAGGAGAAAGUGGUGAUGGACAUGAGGCACCUCCGUGACGUAUGUGUUCAGGAGGAGAAGGUGCGCUACCUAGGGAAGAGCUACCUGCUGGUGCUGCGACUGGCCACAGGUUUCUCCUACCCCCUCACACAGAGCGCCACCAUGGGGGGACACAGUGAUGUGGAGGCAGUGGCUUCGUUGCUCAAGCGUUUCCUGGGUCUGGAGGAGCUCCAGUGUCACUGGGAGCAGGAGGAAGAGGCAGUCAGGGAGGAAGAUGAACUGAACCCCAGCACUGACUCCGGAGAAGAGGGGGACUCAGUGCAGUAGAAGGGAUGAGGGGAAGCCACAGCAGACUUGAAAUGCACCCAAAUAUAUUUUACAGCAUUUUGUAGUAUCCCUGAUACUAUAAAUUGCCUUAAAUACACUUCAAUGGUAGUUUGUGUUGCCUGUUCUUCAAAAACAAUCAUUACUGUAUUAGACUCAACCCUAUAAUUACAGUGCCUUUCUAUUUAAAUGUAAUCAGUAUGUGUGAAAUACUCAUUCAAAACAUUCCCACAGUUUAGGGAACACAGUGUGUUUGAGACCUCCCAAGUGAUAAUCUUGGUCUAGUAGGAUUGUCUCUACUCACUGCAACCAUCCAUCCAUCUGAAUGCGUGUGACUGUAAACUAUAAUCAAGCAUGGAUUUCCAGGGAUCAGUUAAGAAUGUUUGCCUGUUUUUAUGUUAAAGUAAAUAUUGCAUGUCUUUCAGCAUUGAUGGGUCCCAUCACUAGGGUCAGACAGAAUCUGGGGAGGCAAAACCUCUAGAAUGAACUUAAUCUAACAGCUUCUACAUCUGCAUUGCCUGCUGUUUGGGGUUUUGGGCUGGGUUAUGUAUAGCACUUUGUGACAUCUGCUGAUGUAAAAAAGGGUGUAAUAACUACAUUUGAUUGAUUUAUUAUUCAUAGGGUAAACUACAGAUUUCAUCUGGCCUUAUAUACACAAAACGAAAGACCAGUCUCAGGUAACAUUCCUGUCCAUAGACAAAUGUGUUAAUAACAAUAUGUAUGUUUGACAAACCGUAUUACAUUGUAUCUGGACUGUAUUAACUAAGUUACUGCAUCUGUUGGCAAGAGGAAGGUGAGUGUAGAUGCCUUCAGUUGCUUGAAAGAAAGAAAGCAUGAGAUAUUUUGUGUCCAGUUAGUGUGUGUUGCUGGAUGACUUCAGGUACUGGUUUGCCUAGUCUUUUUUUUUUUUUUACUUAUAAAAAAAAAACUUAUACAUUUAUUUUCUUUUUUUGUUAACAAACAGAAUUAAAUAACAGUUGCUUUUUGAAAAUCAUGGAAUAAUUCUUGGACCUCACUGUAUGAAGUCUGCACGGAUAGAUCGCUUUCCGGACCCAGGCUAAACCUUACUGCCCAACCAUAGAAGCUGAGACGUUCUGGGGUACCAUCUCUAGUAGGCUGGCUCUGGUGUCCUCCAGGACCCUCUGGAGGGGAGCCACCACGGGGCUGACAUGCUGCUCUACCCACUCCUGAGCUGUGGAGGCUGGGUACAGACGCACCAUCUCCUUCUUCACCAUCGCCACUCUCUGCUCCACAAGAGCCAACAAUCUGGGGGAGAGGAGGGUGGUUGACAGAAACACGGGGUGGGGUUGUAGUCCCACAGCAUCAACUGGACCAAUCCUACUAAACCACUGCCUGGCAAAAAGAACUAUCACUUUAAGAGCCUGUACCCUGACCUUUCAGUGUGUCGUGGUCCAUCCCUCUCAACAUGUCGUCCCACAUGAUCAUGUUGAGGUUUGGCCACGCCUCCCUGACGCCCUUUGCUACCCUGGUCACAUGACUGAGGAACAGCUGCUGUACUGUAUGGCCAGGUGUGCUCAGCCAGCGUCUAGACUCCUCUCCUUCACCUAGGAGGAUCCAAAUACCAGGCCUCACCUCGUCAGCUCCAAUGUGCAGGCUGGUGCUGCCUGGGUGGAGCUCCACCACCUGGCGAAGCAUCUCCUCUACCAGCCUCACACCCUCCUCUCUGUGGGGGUUCAGAGUGCCCAGGCAGUGGCCCACCUCCCUCAGCCCCCACAACGACUUGUGCUUCAACACAAACUGAGAGAGAGGGGGGUUGGGGGUGAGAAGUUCUGUGAGAGAGUGAGUGAUAAAGGAGGCAAAGAAAGACAAGAAUAUCAAAGAUACUAAGACAAUACAACCACAUGCAACAACAUAAAUUGGCCUCAAUCUCUCUGAUUAUUAAGUGGGGUAUGAUAUGAACAGGUGGGAGGCAGAUAUGUGUUCCCCCUCUCUCACCUCCAUGUGUCCAAACGUCUGCACCAGAGGAAUGACCUCUAACCCUUGGGACUUGGCCACUUCCUGAAUUGACAGGACCUCCUCACGACUGCAGCAGAGAGAGGAGAAUCAUUACCUGUCAGGAAGAACCAUUUUCUUUCUCACUUUCUAGCGAGGCCAAGAUAGUGAUGUUCGAGGAUAAGAGUUGAUAUCAGUGAUUGGCUUUAGGCCAACCUGUAUGGUGGAUGUGUAUAGCCCAACCUGUAUGGUGAAUGCUGAGUGGAUUGCAGCACCUUCAGCUCGCCUUCAUAGGGGAACAUGUCUUCAUACUCCACCAAUAUACCGUCAGCACCCAGACCAGAAAAAAGACCAAUCAGCUGGAGAGAGGGAACGGUCAUGUCAGACAGACCUCUUGCAUUCAACACACAAAUAAGGAAGAGAUAGGUGAGCAGUGCUAUUACCUUGUGCAGGUAAUCAAUUCUAGGAGGUGCUCCUUUCAGAUCCAGGUGAACCAGCUUCUUCCCCUUGGGCCAUGCUGGUAAAGCAUCCAUUGUAGCUGAAAU